GUCUUUAUCUCACACAGAUUUUAAACCCAAAAUCCAAAUCACUAUCCCGCUUUCCCUACUCAUUUCAUCUUCAUAGCUGUUUUCAACAAAAAUCAAUUCUUUUUCUCUGUUUCUUUAUGUGACCUUUUAUCUCCCUUCAAUGGAGGAGCUGUUGAACUUUGAAGCUUAAAUCUCAGAAUUCAAGCACCAAGAUUUAGUCUUCAAAGUUUUUUUUGAUCUUGUAGAGAUGAGGAAGAGUGUCACUUUGAGUGCUAGAGAGGUCCCAACUCGACUGACUCGUGCUCGCGCUGCCGCUUUAAGUGCAACUGGACAGUUGCCACCAUUGAAGGAUGCAAGACAAGAAACUCAGAAGCAUCCCCUAAGAGCCAAUUCAAAAAGAGCAGUUUCGGAUGAUACAUGUCUUCCGCAUAAGAAGAGGGCAAUUCUUCAGGAUGUUACUAACAUUAGCUGUGAAGUUCAGGCUAAGAAACGCAAGCUGGCCAAGCCUGCUCAACCACCAGUUGCUAUAGAGAUACCACAAUUUGUAGCUGACUCAAAACCGGUGAGUUCAACGGAAAUGCGGCUUAGGUCAUCAGAAGAUAUAAUGUGCUUAGUUAGUAGGUCGGAAGACAAUGCACUUGUUAGAGGCACAAAUAAUAAUCUGCUUCACAGUCAGACAUCUCGAAUAUCUACUCUGCCUUUGAUUUCUCAAAAUAAAGCUUCACAAACUUUUGCAUCCAAGAAAGGCAGCUAUUCUGAAAUUUUGGAUGUGGCGAAGCAUCCAGAUGUUGCUGACAUAGACGCUGAUUUUGAAGAUCCUCAACUUUGCAGCCUCUAUGCUGCUGAUAUAUAUGAUCACUAUCGUGUUGCUGAGCUGUCGAGAAGGCCUUAUCCUAGCUUCAUGGAAACAGUACAGCAAGAUAUCACUCCAAGCAUGCGUGCGAUACUCGUGGAUUGGCUUGUUGAGGUUUCUGAGGGAUACAAAUUGCAAGCAAACACUCUUUACCUCACUGUAUAUCUCAUCGAUUGGUUUCUCUCCAAAAAUCACAUUGAAAGACAGAGGCUUCAGCUGCUUGGCAUCACUUGCAUGCUAAUUGCUUCGAAGUACGAAGAAAUUAACGCUCCUCGUGUUGAAGACUUCUGCUUCAUUACAGAGAACACAUACACAAAAGAUGAGGUACUGAAAAUGGAGUCUCUAGUGUUGAAAUCCUCUGCAUAUCAACUGUUUGCUCCAACUACAAAAACUUUCUUGAGGAGGUUUCUUCGAGCGGCACAAGCUACUUACAAGAGACCUAGCAUUGAAUUGGAGUACUUGGCAAAUUUCCUAGCUGAACUAACACUUAUGAACUAUGGUUUCUUAAAUUUCCUUCCUUCUAUGAUUGCUGCAUCUGCUGUGUUUCUCGCAAGAUGGACGUUAGACCCGUCAAACCAUCCAUGGAAUCCAACUCUUGAGCAUUAUGCCUCUUACAAAGCACCAGAUUUGAAAGCCACAGUUCUUGCAUUACAAGAUCUGCAGCUGAAUAACAAUGAAUGUCCUUUAACUGCGAUCCGCAUGAAGUAUUCACAAGACAAGCUCAAAUGUGUAGCAGCUUUAUCUUCAACAAAACUACUUGAAACAAUGUUCUGAAGAUAAAGGUGGUGUACAAAAAGAAUGAAAGGACCCCUAAUUUGUAACUGAUACAUGAUGUUGUGUACUAUGUCACAGGAGACAUACAUGAUGGUUUUAUUUUUUGAAUGGCAUACAUGAUGGUUUUAUGUUUCAAAAGAGUUCAUCAUGACAUAUCUUAUCUGUCUAUUCUUCUUUUGUAUAUACAUUUAAUGACCUUUUUGGUUAGGGGUUUUCUUGCUUAGUUAGUUGUAUGAAUAGUGAGAUGAAGAAUGUUGCGUACAACUUCUUCAAUUCAAAUGGUUUAACUGUUGCUGUUGUUAUUAAUUGAUUGUAACAGUGAUAUGAUAUUAGAAUUAAAUACUUUUGGAUGUUUA